AUGGCUGCCAAGAAGCUCGCACAGCUCCGCAUGGGGCAGAAGCCCGUCUACCUGCCCGAUUUUACCCUGACCCUCCUCCGCACGCCCUUCCUCCCCCCGACCUUCGCCAAGUUCAUUGUGCCGCUGCACCUCAACAAGCUCGACAUGCGCGACUACCUGUGGCACGCCUACGGUGUCAAGUGCGCUAACAUCCGCUCCUUUGUCCAGCAGCAAAAGGUGCGCCAGGAUGACCCCAACAGCAAGCGGCCCAUGCCGCGCCGCUGGUACCGCGGCCCCGCCAUUAAGAAGAUGACGGUCGAGAUGGACAAACCUUUUGUCUGGCCCGACGAGCCCAAGGAUUGGACGCCGUACGGACGCGACUUAUACAAAGCGGCCGAGGAGUAUUCGGAAAAGGAGCAGCAGAAUAUGAUGCCGGACGCUAUCUACGAGGGCCCCGAGGACAGGAAGACGCUGCACGAGCAGGCCGAGCGGCUACGCCGCGGCGAGGAGAAGUGGGAGCCGUCCCGGGCAUCGUGA